GAACUCGUCACCCUUGAUUGACCCGUUAGACUUUGUAGCCUUGUCUCUCGCAACCCAAAUACAAUUUCACAGCAAACUCCCUUACUCCUUCCUUCCGAAUAGCAAAAAUAUAACAGUUUUCUUUUAUUAAUAAUCAGCUUUACUCUCUUCUUUUCUACCCUUUCCCUGAUUACACUAUGCAAACUCCAAAUCCCUCUACUCCACCGCAAGACGACACUUCCGUUGACUGCUACAGCGACGGCUUCGAUGACGCUUAUUUCGACGACGCUGAUACCAUCAUCUCCGACGACGCUAUUUUCUUUGAAUCCCACCUUCAUUAUGCUCAUGAUUCUCAUCAUAUCACUCUAAAUAAACAAAAUUACAUAAUCCUUAAAGAAGACGACUUACGUCAACGCAUGGAGGAUCAUCUUACUCAACUCUGCGCAGUCCUCUCUGUACCCAAACACGAGGCAAGUCUGUUACUCUGUUACUUUAAUUGGUCCGUCGCUAAAGUCUACGAUUCUUGGUUUUCCGAUGAGUCUCAAGUACGUGACAAAGUUGGGUUGCUAGAGAAAAAUAAAACAGAAUUCCCAAUUGAUUUCGAAUCUAUCGAUUGUGGAAUUUGUUUCGAAUCGUACCCGAUUGAAAGAGUCAGUUCAGUCGCAUGUGGUCAUUCUUAUUGUAAUGAUUGUUGGUCCAGUUAUGUUACCACUUCUAUUAAUAACGACGGUCUUGGUUGUUUAAUGCUUAAAUGCCCUCACCCGUCUUGUAAUAUUGCUGUUGGUAAGAAUAUGAUUGAUUUAUUAGUUUCGAGAGAUGAUCGGAGUAAAUACUCGAGAUGCCUUGUCAGAUCAUACGUUGAACAGAGCAGAAAAAUUAAAUGGUGUCCCGGGAGAAACUGUGAUUAUGCAGUUGAGAUUUUAGAUACAGAUGGAAGCUUUGAUGUUACUUGCCAUUGUUUUGCUAGUUUUUGCUGGAAUUGCGAUGAGGAAAGUCACCGGCCGGUUGAUUGUGAGACUGUGAAAAAAUGGAUUUCGAAGAAUUCAUCGGAAUCUGAAAAUGUUAACUACAUUCUUACAUAUUGUAAGCCGUGUCCGAAGUGCCGGCGACCGAUUGAGAAGAACGCAGGGUGCAUGCACAUGACGUGUAAAAUCUGCAGUCAUAGUUUUUGCUGGUUAUGUCUUGCUCCCUACUACAAUCACAUGCAGUGUAAUGCAUAUUCUGAUAAUGUCGUCAAGAAAAAGGAAAUGGGUAUGCAAUCUUUAGAGAAAUACACUCAUUAUUUCGAAAGAUGGGACGCUAAUCGAAAAUCAAAACUCAAAGCAAUUUCAGAUUUCCAGAAUGUCAAGAAUGUGACUUUCAAAAAGCUGAGUAAGAUACAAGGCAUACCUGAGAAUGAUUUUGAAUUCAUCACAAAAGCAUGGAUACAAGUGGUUGAAUGCCGGCGAGUGCUGAUGUGGAGCUACGCGUAUGGGUAUUACUUGCCGGAGAUUGAGUUGGGUAAGAAAGAGUUUUUCGAGUAUUUACAGGGAGAAGCAGAGUCUGGAUUGGAAAAACUUCAUAAUUAUGCAGAGAAAGAAUUAGAACAGUUUCUUGAAUCUGAUGGAUUGUCAAAGGAUUUUAUUAAGUUUCAGAGGGAGCUACGUGGACUCACUGUUGUGACUGGAAAUUACUUUGAGAAGCUGAUAAGAGCAUUAGAGAAUGGUUUGUCUGAUGUGGUUUCGAUAUCCAUUAAUGGCGCAAGCAGCAGCAGCUCAACGGAUGAGAUUCAAACAGAUGAAAUUGAAGAUUAUUGGUUCUGUGAUCGUUGCAGUUUUGCGAAUGUAGGGUCUGUGUUAAACUGCCAGAUGUGUGUUUUGGAUAUUGAAAAUUAAAUUUAUAGAUAGAGAUUUGCUUAUUUUUAUAUGCAGAUUCUGUAUUAGAACAGAGAUGCUGAUCUUGGAGACAUACUCAUUUUAGGAAGAACUAUGUUUGUCUCCUAUACUAUUUGUACAUACUAAAUGUUAACCCAAUAAUCAAAUCAUUCCUAUUUUAA